AUGGUGGUAGAUGUCAAGAUCAUGGCUGACAGCCUGGAACGUUUUGAGGCCGAAUUGGACUUGGAUGUUACUUUCAACGAGUUUGAUGAAGAAUUAAGUGAGGUAAAAGAGAACGGUUGUGAACAGAACACAGAAAAAGUAAUUGUAGUUGAAAAAAGAGAAGAAAAUGUCAAGCAAAAUUCAUGCACUCUUGGAGAUGAGAACGGGCCAAGCCAGAGUUUUGACAACGAAAUAAUCGACAGUGCAAGGACUUUAGUCGAUAACGAAGAAGGCGAAGUAUUAAGCUCAAGCGAUGGUGAAGGCGAAGAGAAAAUGGACCUGGAUGAGAAAGCUGACGAAGACCAAAAUUCUUUAACAGGGUCCGAGAUGACGACAACUUUAUCUGAACAUAAAGGCUUAGCAAAAACAGAUGAUUGCACUUUUCUGUCACCAAAUUCUGUUUUCAGAAAUUUUGACAAAAAGGAAAAUUUAGUGAAGGAUAGUGUGGAUGAAACACUUAAGCGGGAUUAUGAAGCAGACAGUGCAGUUCUUUCUAUGGAGUCUGAUAGCUCUAUGGAUGACCAGUCAUGGAAAAGAAAAAAGCGAGCAAGGUUGGAAGAACAAAGUCAUCCGGGAACUGGUGAGGGAGAUAAUAUCAAGACGUCAGGUAAAUUUUUAAAAUGGCAAAAGAAAUGUGUGUGCUAAAUACAUGAGCUUCUUUACAACCUGUGUUGCGAAGAGGACUGGUACCUUUUUAGACUGCUUGCAAUCUGCCUUUUCUCUUAAAAUCCGUCUAGUUCUUAUUUGAUCCAGCGCGAUUGAAAACCACGACGUUAUUAUUACAAUAAGGGAUUGAGACGAGACGAGAAAAGACGGACUGCUGACUCUUAUGUAGUAAACAAACCCUACGUCAGCCCAGAAACAGAGUAACCGAUUGGUCAAUUGCACAGCUGUUGACAGAUAAUUGACUGGUCUGUGGUGAGAUUGUAAGCAGUAAAAAUAGUCAUGCAUCACAUCCAAGUACAAACAAUAGCGAACCAAGCGGUAAUCUCAGUAAUAAAAUUUUUAAGGAUAUCUUAGGGAAGGAAACUGCUGAAAGUUUCCUCAAGGGAAUGAAUUCAAGGCAAUCUGACCGGAUUUAAAGAAAGUGUAAUUUUUUCAGUUUAUGUUCUAUUUAUAAAUCGUUUCAAGUUACUUGGAUUUAAUUGAUUAAUUUAUUAAAUUACCUUGACAGCUUGGUUGUCCCCGGACAAAACAGAAGAGUCAACAGUCUCUUAUUUUUUCUUCUCGGGCUUAUGCCCUUGUUUCUUGUGGCUCGCGGCUUUGCCACUCACAUGCUUAGGUUUCACGUGCAGUAACUUUGCAAAGAAAAAUAAGAGACUGCUCGCAGUCUAGUACCUUUUUGUCUCCUCUGCACAUAUCUUUAAGAGAGUAGCAGAAUUGCCUUCAGAUCAAGGGUGUCUAGAAAACACAGACCUUGAAAACGCAGACUGCAGACAGUAGAGCUCAAAAUCGCAGACCUCAAAAACACAGACCUCGUAACCUGGUAGAAGUUUGAGUCUGAUUAAAGACCACAUUUGUUGAAAACAGUUUACGCUUGCCGCUUUUUUCCCCUUUUUAUGUUUUUCAGUCAUAUGGUUUUCCCAUAAAGUUAAGUAUGGAUUUGUGGUUUUGUCAUUAGUUUAAAGUCCAUUGUCUACAGGAAAUUUAAAAUGCAUAAAUGUGAGCUUCGCUUUUAGCUUUGGCUAAAUUUAUGUAUUACAUGUAUAUUGCAAUAAAAAUAUUAUACAUGUAUUUUGUUUUCUGAUUAUUAGAACAUGCAUCAUUUCAAGUACUAUUAUCAUUAUUAUCUUGAUCAUUUUGUUAGUAGCAGUUAAAAAAUAUUGCAAGAGAUUAUUUGGAAACUGUGGCAAAAAUCGAUAAUUUAUUGUUUCCAUAAUUUUCUUCAAUAGUCUUCAUAAUAUUUUUCUUUCUAUUUUUUGUUUCCUUGUGGAGGGUGCAAGUAUCUGUGUGUCUUUUAUUACGUUUUCUUGCAGAUAAAGAGGUAGUCAAGAAAACUAGGGCUGGGAGGAGAAAACGUAAAAGGGAAAUACGGAGACACCAUAAAGAUGGACAGCAGCCAAAAAAUAGCAGAUCCAACCAUCAGAAUGUUGAAUCAGGAAAUCAAAAGGUGCUCCAGACUCUGAGGGUCACAUCAGAUGAUGCUGAAGAAGUUGUUGCCAGGGAAAUAGCUUACAAGUUAAAUGAAGUAAGAAUUCUCAAAUAAUUUAUUAAAAUAUUUUAUCAUUUUAGGGCGUCAGUGUGGCCAAGUGGCCAGUACUUCAACUCGUAAUGAUACAAUAAUAAUAUAAUUUAUGAUGUUGUAACUAUUACUGACCUUGUCUACAUUUAGUGUGCUGUCAGUUUAUGUCAUCUCUCCUCCAUUUGUUGAUGGUGCUGCUAUUUUAUUUAUUUACACCUAAUUGUAAUAACAUUGUCAUAGAAAAAUCCUUAAAAAAAUAAGAAUACUUUAUCACCAUGGUAAACUGAUCCAAGGCAAUCGCUGAAUAACAUUAUUUUUACCAUUUAGAGUAAGGUGAUGCUUAUCCAACGAGUUGUGACAUGUAUUGGCUGUGAAAAAGCAAUAAAGCUCUUCAGGGACACACAGGAGGUGGAGAGACAUGGAGGUAUAUGGACAAAGGAUGGAGAUAGGAGGUAAGGGUUUUUUUUUGUAAUUUAUUAAUUUUUAUUUUCAUUUUACAGAGCACACUUAAUGUAAAAAAGGAAAAACAAACAUACAAAUAUACAAACAUACAAAACAAAAAACUAUUUUGUUUUAUUUGUUUGUUUGUUUGUUUUUCCUUUUUACAUUAAGUGUACUCUGGUAAGGUUAAUAUGACAAAUGUUUUACAAUGCAGUAAACUGAAUAUGUUAUGUGAGCUGAAGGCAGGCCUAGCUUAAAUUCUGCUAAUAUUUCUACAGCGCUGCUUUAAACGCAAAUAUAUUUUGUACCAAAUUGACAUAUACAACAUAUUAGAAGAGGUAGAUCGCUCACUGUUCAAGAAGAUCUCCAGUAUGCCUUGCCACCCUCUGUACCCUUCCGUCCCUAAAACGAAAGAAAGUUCAGUGCGCCUCUGAGUUCCUAGCAGUCAACUCCCUAGGGUUAAUACCCAGCAUUUUAAAAAUAGUUUUUUUAAUAGGCUAUUUUUCAAAUGUAGAGUAGCUAUUUAAUUUAAUGUGGAUCUUGAAUGUUAAAUUCAAUACUUCUGUACAUGGAAUUUUUUAAGCCUUGUAAUUCUUUCUGCUGUUUUUAACGUACAUGUAAGUGUUAUUGGUUUUUAGCAGGUAUUUUUGCUUAAAAAACAAUAAAGACCUUUUAUUUUAUUUAUUUAUUAACAUGACCAAACAUAUUCAUUGAUAACCAGAUGUGACAAACUACAAAUCAUUAACAGAAAACUGACAGAUUAUCUUUCAUAGGGUUAAAGUAAGUUCUAAGUCACACUUUAAAUUGUCACAUUGGUAGAAAAGAUUUACAUAAUGAGAUGCCAAUGGUGGAGGUUUACAUGGCACAGGCCACUAAGGAAAAGUUAAAAUGAGCUGCAUAAUCAUAAGCUUAUUAAGACCGUUUACAAGCAAAAUAAUAAUAAAAGAAGUCUACUCCAUAUACCCACCAGUUUGAGUUCAAAGUCAUUCAUACAAGCAUAUAGUGGUAGUUACUGUAAAUGUAUAAAGUGUUUUUCAUUUUCACUUUACAGGCGCACAAGUGGUGGAGUGUUUUUGUCUUUGCUAAAGCACAGAUAUGUCACCAAAGAACAGAGCAAGUGGAUUUUUGCCAUUGAAAACGAAAUCAGUAAAAAGAAAGCGAAAGAAGAACAGCAACGGAUGACAGAAUUUAAAAAGAAAACUGUGUCAGAUUUGAGACUGAAAUUAAAAGAGAGAGACAAAGAACAGAAGAAUUAAAAACCAAAAGAUACAAUGGAAAAAUUUUGUUUUGGUUUUUGCAUGUCAUUAACAUAGUCAAUGACAGAG